CGUCUGGUGUUCGGGAGUCGCGGGCGCGGUGCCCUGGUGAGCGGGCCCGGGGCGGGGGGAGAAGUGUUGCUGGGGCCCGGGGCCGCUAGGCUGGAGCUGCGGCCGCCCACAGCCCAGGUCGGCUACGCCAGCCCGACCCACUCUUCGCCCCCGCGGCUGGCGGCGCGGUCCCCGUGACGCUCAGAAGCCGCCAGAUGUAGAGCCGCCUCUUUGUCCCAGUUCCCUGACCAGCCGUGCCUGGCACCGAGCCCAGCACCUGCGGGUACAGCGGUGAGCAGGGCAGACGUGGCCAGGUGACGUUCCCAUCACCCUACAUCCUCAACUCUGACAACAGCUUCUGAGAUCUGAAUUACAGACCAUCAUUUUAAUCGGACAAACCACAACUGAAACAAGCUUCUCUUUGGUGUCACGAUGGCCGCCCAAGGCAGGGGAACUUCAGGCCUCAUCCCCAGGGGUGCUGUUCUCCAGCGGCAGGAGGGGCGCUUGACCGUGAAACAGGAGCCAGAGAGCCAGAGCUGGGGACAGGGCUGCAGUCUCCAAAAGAAUCACCCUCCUGUCUGUGAAAUUUUCCGGCUGCACUUCAGGCAGUUAUGUUAUCAUGAGAUGUCUGGGCCGCAGGAGGCGCUGAGCCGGCUCCGGGAGCUCUGCCGCUGGUGGCUGAUGCCGGAGGUGCACACCAAGGAGCAGAUCCUGGAGCUGCUUGUCCUGGAGCAGUUCCUGAGCAUCCUGCCAGGGGAACUGAGGACCUGGGUGCAGCUGCAUCACCCUGAGAGUGGUGAGGAGGCUGUGGCUGUGGUGGAGGAUUUCCAAAGACACGUUAGUGGACCAGGAGAGGUUUCAGCUCCAGCACAGGAACAGGAAAUGCAUUUGGAGAUGACAGCCUUGGGUGCAACAGAGGAAUCUCCUCCUACCUCACUCCUCAGUGAGGGUUCGGCACCCGGAGCCCACCUGGAGACUCCUGGUGACCCUGGGGCACACCACCACCUCCCCAGUGGGCACUCUGCUCAGCAUGCUUCCCCGGUGCCUGCCCUUCCCCAAGUGGGGAACGUAGGAGACCAAGCAGCGGCAACUGUGCUCCGGAUGGUCAGGCCCCAGGAGGCUGCAGAGUUCGAGUUCCUGUCUGUGGACUAUACUCAGAAGAAGUGGAAAGGUCCAGCUCUCAGCCAGAAAGCAGCCCUGUACCGGAACAUCGUGCCAGAAAAUUGCUGCAGCCUGGCUUCAUUGGCAGGUGAGAACAGGAUGGAGAGUUCAGAGUUGCCUCCAAAGCAGGAAAUUUCUGAAGAAAUGGGGUCAUCUGAUAGGACCUCAGGAGUACUCUAUGGAGUGAUUCCUGGAGGACCAGAAGCUGGAGAUGCCUGUGAAGAGGCUUUAGAGAAGCUAGAAGUUCAACCCUCAGGCAAACAAGGGAGCAGACUGAAGAGUGAUUUCUUGGAAAUAACACAGGAGGUUAAAAAUAAAUGCACAAAAGAUGAAUGUGAUGUAUAUAAGGAACUUGAGGAACAUCCAGAUCUGUCCUCAAGUCCUGCAGAACAUAAGGAAAUUCUGAAGGGACAGAAAUUCUAUCACUGUGAUGAAUGUGGCAAAGCUUUUAAUCGGAGUUCUCACCUCAUUGGGCAUCAGAGAAUCCACACUGGAGAGAAACCCUAUGAGUGCAAUGAGUGUGGCAAGACCUUCAGGCAGACCUCUCAGCUCAUAGUCCAUCUCAGAAUCCAUACGGGGGAAAAGCCGUAUGAAUGCAGUGAUUGUGGAAAGACCUAUCGCCACAGCUCCCAUCUCAUUCAACACCACAGACUCCAUAAUGGGGAGAAAUCAUAUAAAUGUAACGAAUGUGCAAAAGCUUUCACUCAGAGUUCUCAACUCAUUGACCACCAGAGAACCCAUACUGGGGAGAAACCCUAUGAAUGCAAUGAGUGUGGGGAGGCCUUCAUUCGGAGUAAAAGCCUUGUCCACCAUCAGGUGCUUCACAGUGGUGAGAAACCUUACAAGUGUAAUGAGUGUGGGAAAGCUUUCUGUUCCAACAGAAAUCUUAUUGACCAUCAGAGAAUCCACACUGGGGAGAAGCCUUAUGAGUGUAAUGAAUGUGGCAAGGCCUUUAGUCGAAGUAAAUGUCUUAUUCGACAUCAGAGCCUCCACACUGGGGAAAAACCAUUCAAAUGCAGUGAGUGUGGGAAAGCCUUCAAUCAGAACUCUCAACUUGUUGACCAUGAGCGAAUUCAUACUGGAGAAAAACCUUUUGAAUGUAAUGAGUGUGGUAAGGCAUUCAGUCUGAGUAAAUGUCUCAUUCGACAUCAGAGACUUCACACGGGUGAAAAGCCCUAUAAAUGCAAAGAGUGUGGAAAAUCCUUCAAUCAAAACUCACAUCUUAUUAUACACCAGAGAAUUCACACUGGUGAGAAACCUUAUGAAUGUAAUGAAUGUGGGAAGGUCUUCAGUUAUAGCUCCAGUCUUAUGGUACAUCAGAGAACUCAUACUGGGGAGAAACCCUAUAAGUGCAAAGAUUGUGAGAAGGCUUUUGGUGACAGCUCACAGCUCAUUGUGCAUCAGAGAGUUCACACUGGAGAGAAACCCUAUGAAUGUAUUGAAUGUGGGAAAGCCUUCAGUCAGCGUUCUACUUUCAAUCACCACCAGCGAACUCACACUGGAGAAAAACAGUAUGUGUGUACUGAGUGUGGGAAAGCCUUUAGUCAGAGUGCAAACCUCACAGUACAUGAACGAAUCCACACAGGAGAGAAACCCUAUAAGUGUAAGGAGUGUGGAAAAGCCUUCAGUCAUAGCUCCAACCUGGUUGUUCAUCGGAGAAUCCACACUGGACUGAAGCCCUACACGUGCAGCGAAUGUGGGAAAUCUUUCAGUGGUAAGUCACACCUCAUUCGGCACCAGGGAAUCCACAGUGGGGAGAAAACUUAUGAAUGUAAGGAGUGUGGGAAAGCCUUUAGUCGGAGUUCUGGUCUGAUUUCACAUCACAGAGUUCACACUGGCGAGAAGCCCUACACUUGUAUCGAGUGCGGGAAAGCCUUUAGCCGUAGUUCAAACCUUACUCAACAUCAGAGAAUGCACAAAGGAAAAAAAGUUUACAAAUGUAAGGAGUGUGGGAAAACAUGUGUUUCUAAUACAAAGAUUAUGGACCAUCAGAGAAUUCACACUGGGGAGAAGCCUUAUGAAUGUGAUGAGUGUGGGAAAGCUUUCAUCUUAAAGAAGACCCUUAAUGAACAUCAGCGACUUCAUCGUAGAGAGAAACCUUACAAAUGUAAUGAGUGUGGGAAAGCUUUUACUUCUAAUCGAAAUCUUAUUGAUCAUCAGAGAGUGCACACUGGAGAGAAACCCUAUAAAUGCAACGAGUGUGGAAAAACCUUCAGGCAGACUUCUCAAGUUAUUCUACAUUUAAGAACCCACACAAAGGAGAAACCCUAUAAAUGUAGUGAGUGUGGGAAAGCCUAUCGUUAUAGCUCACAGCUUAUUCAACACCAGAGAAAACAUAAUGAGGAGAAAGAAACGUCAUAAAUGACAUAUAUUGUUGGAAGUGGACCUAAUUGCUACUUUCUGGAAAAGCAAUUUUUCAGUAUCAUCAACCUUAAUUCUCUAAGAACUCAUACAGGGAAAGUAAUCAGAAGUAGACAAAGAUUAACAGAAGGGCUAUUCAUGCCAGCAUCAUAUAUAACUGGAGGAAGAAAACUAGAUUUUCAACCAUACAGGGUUUAAGUGAAUGAUGGUCUAGCCAUAUGAUGGUUUGGCACCCAUUGUAAACAUUUUUAAAGAAUAUUUAAUGCCAUGGGGGAAAUGAUUUAGAUGAAAUGGAAGAUAAAGAGAAAAACAAUGAAAUACGAUCCAAAUUUUUAAAAAACAUUUAUGCAAAGGAAAGAAAUGGGAAUGAAAUAAUACCAAACCAAAAUGUUAACAGUGAUUAUCUCUGGGUAAUAGGAUUAUAGGUAAUUUCUAUUUUUUUCUCUGUACUUUUCUAUGCUUUUUAGAUUUUCUACAGUGAGAAUGUACUACUUUCAUAUUUUUCUACAGUGAGAAUGUACUACUUUUGUAUUUUUUAAAUACAAUGAGUACAUGUUCAUUUUCACUCAACAGGGUUAUGAAAGGCGCAUAGAACAUAGACUCUAAAGUCCUGGGAUUGCACCCUAAUACUGACACUUAGUAGCAGGGGAACCCUGAGCACGUCACUUUCUUUUAGAGCCUGUUUCCUGUGUAUUACAUCAUAAAUACCAGUUGUUGGCUUUUGCAGUUUUGAGAUAAAUUGACUUUACAGUUGUCAACAGAAUGUAUAAUCCACUUUCUUAAUCACUGUUAGGUUAAAAGAAAACAGCAAAGCUUUACUACAUUCUCCUCUCCCACAGUUUUAGAAGGAUCCGCAGAUAAUAAAGAACCACCUAGGCUCCACCUUUUCGAUAUAUGUCUACAGAAAAAAUGCCAUCUUAUGAAAUUGGAACAAUUGCAGUUUCAAAGCCUUUAAAGAGACACAGCAUAAUUCAAACAAGGAGAAGAGUCUGCCUUCACGUGUUACAUGGAGUUUCGUAGCUGAAAGUGCAGACUUUUGGGUCAGAGACAUAUGAGUUCUAAUUCCAAAUCUGCUGUGCCCUAGCUUGUCAGUUUUGGACAAGUCCCUCAAAUGCUCUGAGCCACAGAUUUAUCUGUAAAAUGGGAAUAACGACCUACCUCACAGGGUUGUUGUGAGGAUUAAAUGAG